GGAAUCUGGCAAUUAGCUGUGCGUAGACAGCUGCGGAUUACAGAUUUUUUUUUCUGUGUCGAUGUUUGCUGUGCGCUACGGAAAUUUAAAUCAAAAUGGCGUCUUAGAAAUUUAGCCUCCCUGGCCCCUUUAAAGCAAAUAAGGAAUACCAUCAACUUCUAACAAGUAGAUGUCAAAAUAAGAUUACUUGAAGCAACAAUUAAAAUUUCGGCAUUUUCCUUCUUGAUUUCGUCCCUUUUAUCAACAUGUACAAUGGUAUUGGUUUACAAACGCCACGUGGUAGUGGAACAAAUGGCUAUGUGCAGAGAAAUAUGUCCUUUGUUGCUAAGAGUAGAGAAAAGGUCAAUUAUAGAACAGAAGAUGAUCUAAAAAAGUUAGAUGCUCUUGCCAAUAAAAAGCCAAAUGAAGGAAUUUUAGCUCAUGAAAAGAAGAGAUUGAUUGAAUUAAAAUGCUUGGAGAUGCAAGAAUUGAUGGAGGAUCAAGGGUAUCCGGAAGAUGAAAUUGAAUCAAAAGUGGCAUUAUUCCGUUCCAUGUUAUUAGAGAAGGAAGGAGUUGAGAAGGAAGCCCCAAAAGAUGAAUUUGGUAGACCUAUUGUUAAGGAAAGCCAUCAGAUUGCUGCUGCAAAUCAAGAAAAGAACCUCAAAAUGCGAGAAGCAUUGGGCAUUAGCCAAUAUUUUGUGGACGGAAGCUCUCUUGAUCCUGACAGAAAAGCAAAAGAAAGUGCUGCUGCUGUUGCUGCAGCUGAAGAAGCUAAAAAGCAAUAUGCGCUGAUACCCGACUCCUCCAGUUCUUCUUCACCUGAACGAUCACAUGAAAAAAAUAAAAAAAGGAAAAAAAAGAAAUCUCAUAGCAGCCGAGAAAGGGGUGAAACUUCAUCUUCAAAGAAGAAAAAAAGUUCUAAAAAGCAUAAGAAAGACAGAUCAGUCUCACCUGAUGUUAGAAAAAAGAAGAGAGGAAAGAAAACAGGAAAAGAUAAAACUAAACACAAAAACAAAUAUGAAAGCUCUCGUAAGAAACAACAUGCUGUGCGAUCCAGUUCAAGUAGCUCUAGUUCAAGUAGCAUGUCUGCUGAUGAUGAAAGUAGCAGUAGAUCUAGUAGUCGUAGCUCAGAAUCUAACAAUGAAAGCUCCAAGAAGAAAAAUAAAAAUCCAAAACAUGACAAAAGUCACAAAAGCCACAGAAAAAGGAGUUCUAGUUCUGAGAGUAUCCUCUAUUCUAAAGAUACCAGAUCUCGCAAAGACAUCUAUGAAGCUAAGAAAGAAAAACGUAAAAGAAGGGCCAAUAAAAGUUCUUCUUCCGAGGAUGAUUCUUCUCCCAAACAAUACUUCAGAUUGGAACCUGUUAUUCUGAAAUCUAAACCAAAGCACUCAAAAACCUGUCAUGUUAUUGAAGUUCCAAAAAGCCGAGCUGUAGACUUGAAAAAAAUUGAGAAGAAAAAGAGAGCCUGGGAUUCCUCCUCAUCAUCUAGUGAUGAAAAAGUUGUUAAGCAAGAUAGUAAAAGACGUAAACAUUCUUCUUCACCAAAAUCUUCAAAAUCAAGUUCAAGAAUGGAAUCUAAAAGAAAUGAUAUGGAUAGAAGUUAUAAAAAAGAUGAUUCAUCUAGAAGCUCUUCUAGAGAAAAACAGAAACAUAAACGUUCCAGAUCUAGAAGUAGUCAACGCAAAUCUCAUUUUAUAAAGAAAACUUUGCUUAUUGAAGAUGUAAACCUUCCUAGGAAAGGAAAAGAUAAAUACGAGAAAAAAUCAUCUGAAAAAUAUGAUUGGGAAUCUAAGAAGAAGCAUUACAGAAAAGAAUCACAGUCUCCCAGGCGACACAAUGGCCACCAUAAACAUGAUUCUUCAUCAAACAGAUCUUCAAGUUCUGAGAGUUACUCUUCUUGUCGCAGCCAGAAAUCAUCAAGUGUUCAUAAGGCUAAGAAAUGUCCAUCAAAAUCUCCUUCAUAUUCACCUUCUUCAUUCAAACACAAGAAGCAUAUUCUUAGUGUUUCUCCGUCUCAUUUACCAAAUGCAACAAAGCACAAAUCUUCUCACAAAAAGUCUUCCAAACAUUCAAAAUAUAAGUCACCUUCUUUGUCACCAUUGCCUCAAAAAAGGUCAAAGAAAUACAGGUCUCGAAGUAGAAGCUGUUCCCCUGCCCUACCUGAAGCACUUUCUAACUUGAAGAAAAAUUACAAGAAAAGGGAUGAAUAUUCAUCUAGUAGUGAAAUAGAUGUAGUGAAGGAGAAAAACAGGCACAUUUCAAAAAGCGGCAGCAGAAGCCCAGUUUACAGUAGUAAAUCAAAGCAAAGUUUUGAAACUACUAGCUCUCAUGGUAAUAAUCUUCAGCAAGUUAAAGAUUCUAGCUCCUCAAACUCAAAAUUGAAAGAACUAGUGUCUGACCAAAGGGGAAUAUCUAAAGCAGAAUUGAAAGAAAAAGGAAUAAUAUCUCCUAAAGCCACCUGUAAAGAUUCUUUUUCAGAGCAUGAUUCCGUUCUAAAAAAUGGAAUAAGUGGUAAAACUUAUUUUCCAGAGGAAGCUACUGUACCAUCUACAGAUCCCUCUUCUACUUAUAAUACCUCUAACCAGAAGCAUGAUUUAGAAACGAGUCCUUGUGAUCCACCUAAUAAAAAUGGCGAUAGAAAGAAGAACAGUAGCCCAAAUCUUGCUAGAUCAUCUGAAAAAUAUUUGAAAGAUAAGAGUCACAUUACUGAAGAUAAACCUUCUUCAGAUGUUGAAAAUUCUCCAAGUUCAAAAGCACUAAGUCCUACUGUACAUUCCAAAACUCCUAAAGUUGAUGAAGUUUCAGAGAAAAGGAUGUCUAAGUGGAAUGAAGUAAAAAUUAAGAAAUUGGAAGAGAAAAAUCAGGUUAGUAGUCCUCCUAUGUCUGACGAUCACCUACAGAGAAACGAGUAUUCAAAAGAGGACACAAAAAAUAAGGAAGAUUUCAGCAAUAAAAAUGUAAAAAAGAAAGAUAAAAAGGAUGUCUAUCUUUCAAGUAAAACCAAGUCUCAAUGUCCAGAAGGCAAUAAAGAAUUAAGUAAGAAAGAAUCUUUUAAGAAAUCCCAUAAACAAAUUCUUUCCCGGGAUAGAAGUUCAAGCGCUGAUAAAAGUUCUGCUAGUGGAAGUGAAAGAUCUAGUCAUAGUCGCAGUAGGAGUGGUAGUUCUAGGCGCAGCAAAAGUUACAGCAAAAGCAGGAGUAAAAGUCGUAGUAAGAGCUACAGUGAAAGUCGAAGUCCAAGUCGCAGUAAAAGUCGCAGUCGUAGCUAUACGAAGAGCCGCAGUAAAAGUUACAGUAGAAGUAGAAGUGUCUCAGUGGAUUCAAGAUCUCGUUCUAGAUCUUAUUCCUCUCGAUCACGAUCUAGAUCCAAUGCCAGAAGUCCAUCUAUUCGGAGACGCAGAGGAUCACCAAGUUUUUUAGAUAAGAGACGGAUAACUAGGGCACGUUCUGUGAGCUUGCCAAAUUCCAGAAGGUAUACCUCUCGACUGCAUGCUAGGUUGUCUUCUCGAUCAUAUUCUAGGUCGUCUUUCAGUCGAAACUCCUCUAGUAGCAGCAGUAAUGAAAGCUUUUGGAAUGAAGUCUAUCAACCAUAUUAAAAUUGAUCUGAGUUUCUGUUAAUGCACUUAGCACUCAUUGGAAGUGCACGUAAGCGACCUGUACCAUACAGGCGGCCCGUCUCCACCUACUCCAAGCAGUACUAGUUCAUGGUCUUAUCACUCAUUAUCCAGAUCUUCCUCUCCACUACAUACACAAUCCCAUUCCCCUCCAUCAAGAUGCAGUUCUCGAAGCUUGCGCAGUCGAUCACGUUCAUGGAGCCCCGUUGUGAGACAAAAAUAUGAAAUAUCAAUGAGUAAUUCCCUCCGCUGAUGGAUCAUUUCUUGUCUGCUCUUAUGGACUGCAAUUUCAAGACUAAAACUGGAAUUAAACUCUGUUGAAAAUUUUUGCUUUUUAGCAUAUUUGUGAUAAUUCCACUGUUCAAUAAUCAUUAAGUUUAUAUUCUGGUUCAAUAUGUUGCUUUUAUGUAUGUAUAUA